AUGUACUCUGCCAAAGUGAUAUCAUUGCAAUUGAAGGAAGUGGAGAGGAAAAACAGUCCAUGUUUCAGUACAGGACCUGUGGGUGAGGACUUGUAUCACUGGGAAGCUAUCAUAACGGGGCCUAAAGGUUCACCCUAUGAGAAUGGUGUUUUCAAACUAGACAUUCACUUUCCGCUUGACUACCCUUUCGCGCCUCCUAGGGUAUUGACGGAAAUACACCAAAUGUUAACUGCCCCCCAAAUAGGGGAAGGACUGUUUUUUGUUGAAGAAAUUGCUAGGAUUUACGUGGAAGACAGGGCUGCUUUUGAAACCACUGCACUUGCGUGGACGGUGGAGCACGCAAGAGGAGCAUAA